GGCGCAGGCGAGAGCUUUCGGGGAGCGGGCUCUGUAGGGCCCUUCGCUCGCCGUGCAGGGAAGAAGGGGGCUGCGCCGGGGCGGACUUGAGGCGCCGGCUCGUUCCCUCGCGCACCUCCAAUUGAGCGGGAUCCUGCGAGGAUCUCACUACGUGACUUUGCCUGCUCGCUGCCCCGCUUGAAGCCCCCGGCCUUGGCCCCAGUUUUUUUCCCAGUGGAACAGUAAAAGAAAUAAGCAGUCAAAAUGGGGCGGAGAUCCACAUCUUCCACCAAGAGUGGGAAAUUCAUGAACCCGACAGACCAAGCUCGCAAGGAGGCCCGAAAGAGGGAACUGAAGAAGAACAAGAAGCAACGUAUGAUGGUGCGAGCUGCAGUGUUAAAGAUGAAGGAUCCCAAGCAAAUAAUUCGGGACAUGGAAAAACUUGAUGAAAUGGAGUUUAACCCAGUACAGCAGCCACAGCUCAAUGAAAAGGUGCUGAAAGACAAGCGCAAGAAACUGCGUGAGACCUUUGAGCGUAUCCUGCGACUCUAUGAGAAGGAGAAUCCAGACAUCUACAAGGAGUUGCGCAAGCUAGAAGUGGAAUAUGAGCAGAAAAGAUCUCAGCUCAGUCAGUACUUUGAUGCUGUAAAGAAUGCUCAGCACGUUGAAGUGGAGAGUAUCCCCCUGCCAGAUAUGCCUCAUGCUCCUUCGAACAUCCUCAUUCAGGAUAUCCCCCUGCCUGGAGCCCAGCCCCCUUCGAUUCUCAAAAAGACAUCGGCCUACGGACCACCUGUCCGGCCUGUUUCUGUUCUUCCUCCUCCUGGGCAUGGUGUUCCUCGCUUACCUCCAGGCAGGAAGCCUCCUGGACCUCCACCGGGGCCGCCUCCACCUCAGGUCUUGCAGAUGUAUGCUCGUAAAGUAGGAUUCUCCCUAGAAAUGGCUCCUCGGAGAAGAGAGGAGGAAGUGUCUUAUAGUCCAGAGACAGGUCCACGAGGACAUGAUGAAGAAGCUUCGAGUACCAGUGAAGAUGAGGGGUACCCUGAGGAUAUGGAUCAGGACAAGCACGACGACACCACUGAUGACAGCGAUAGUGACAGGAGCGAUGCAGACAGCGAAGGGGACGAGUUCAUGCAUCACGACGAUGGUGCCGAGCGGGAGGGGGGCGAAGACAAGAAAUCGGGUCAUAGCGUGCGGUUUGCUGACAUACCUGGAAAAUCACGAAAGAAGAAAAAGAACCUUAAGGAGCUCACUCCGCUUCAGGCCAUGAUGUUGCGGAUGGCUGGUCAGGAAAUUCCUGAGGGAGGCAAAGAGAUAGAAGAAUAUUCUGAAGAAGAAGAUGACGAUGAUGACGAUGAGUCAGAUGCUGAGGAUACACCGCAGCAGCAAAGCACAGAAGAGUCCCACGCAGAGACCGCAUCAUCGACACCCUCUCAAACUGCCCAGCAGCAGCAGCAGCAGCCGCCCCCUCAGCCUGUUCCUCCAACUCAGAUGCAGGGACCUCCCAUGCCAGGGCCACCCCCACUUGGGCCACCUCCGGCGCCACCCUUGAGGCCUCCAGGGCCACCUACGGGUCUUCCUCCUGGUCCUCCUCCAGGGGCUCCUCCGUUCCUCCGGCCACCUGGAUUGCCUGGAUUGCGCGGGCCUUUGCCACGACUCUUGCCACCUGGACCUCCCCCUGGCCGCCCUCCAGGCCCUCCACCUGGGCCACCUCCAGGCCUGCCACCUGGUCCUCCUCCACGGGGCCCCCCACCUCGUCUGCCACCUCCAGCCCCUCCAGGUAUCCCACCUCCUCGUCCAGGCAUGCUGCGCCCUCCGUUGGUGCCUCCACCUGGUUUAUUCCCACCUGCUCCCAUUCCAAAUCCUGGGGUUCUCAGUGCUCCUCCCAGUUUGAUCCAGCGCCCCAAGGCGGAUGAUACCAGCGCAGCCACCAUUGAGAAGAAAGCCACAGCCACAAUCAGCGCCAAGCCACAGAUCACCAACCCGAAGGCUGAGAUCACCCGCUUUGUGCCCACAGCUCUGCGGGUCCGGCGAGAGAACAAGGGCACAACUACCUCCAGCCAGCGGAAACCUGACAAUGAACCUUCUGUUCAGAUAAGCAAAGCAACUCCGAAGGCUGGUUCUUCUGCCCCUAUUUCUGUGCAGACCAAGGAUGAUGUGUAUGAAGCUUUCAUGAAGGAAAUGGAGGGACUACUGUGACCAUCUGUUCCAGUUAUCCUUAAUGUCUUCUGUGAUGAGAUCAGACUACUGCGUUAGGGGCAGGGGUUCCAUGUUAUAGUGGCAUCCAGUUGACAAGCUCCUCCUUUCAUAACAGAGAAUAGUCCCCCAUCCCAGUUAAUGUAUGAUCAAACUUGAGAGAGACCACUGUAGGGAGUGGAAGAGGGGCACACUCACCUUACCCGCCCUUUAAUGAAAGGUUUGGUUGUGAAUGCUCCUGUGGAAAGCCUGUUGUCUUUUUUAUUAUUUUUUAGUGAAGAGGAGGAAUACAUCUGAGGUACCAGAAUACACUGGUAAAUUAUCUACUACACACAUAUACCUGAUCAUCAGGUUUUUAUGUUCUGUUUUGGUUGCUUUCUGUAAAUAUUUUGUAAUGCUGUUUUGAGUUGGGUGAGUUUAACUAGUUUACAGUCAUAGAGGUGGGCAGGCUAGUGUUUGCAUACAUGGCAUGCAAACAUUUUGCACCUGGUAUACCCUGCAAUCACUUCAGUGGCUUCUUGCUGACAGGAGGAAUAUCAUUGUCAUAUGAAAGAGAAUAAAUAUUUGAUGUAUUACAA